CUUUGCAGGAAGUGACACACACGUUCGCAACCGGGUCAGCUGGGAUUCCGCUUUCCUCGCCGCCCACCCCCUUCGCAACUUCGCAAAGCCCGGGCUUUCAGGAGGGCGCAUGGGAUUCCUGCAAUGGGAAGGUGGAGGGCGUUGUGGAGGCCUUGGGGCUGCGGCCAGAGCAACCUCUCGGCGCCUACGGUGUUCCCCCACCGAAAUGCCUCUUCCUUUGCCCUCCCCCGCCAACCUGUACCUUUGUUGGCUCAAACCAUGACCCAGUACCUGCGCUCCCUGGAGCCCCUGGUGAACCCCAAAGACCUGGAGCAGACGCGGCAGCUGGUGGCAGCCUUUGGGGCCCCAGGCGGAGAAGGCGAGAGGCUGCAGGUGCGGCUGAAAUGCAGGGCUGCCCGCAUGGAGAACUGGAUCAGAGAUUGGUGGAUUCAGACAGCCUACUUGGAGAACCACCUUCCCCUGGUUGUUCACUCAAGCCCAGCUGUCGUCCUGCCCAAGCAGGAUUUCAACGACUGGAAAGGACAAUUGAGAUUCGCAGCUAAGCUCAUUGCGGGCGUGCUGGAUUUCAAGGCAAAGAUUGACCGCCAGACCCUGCUAGUUGAGUAUUCCCACGGUCACCCACUCAGCAUGGACUGCUAUUCUCGCCUGUUUGCCUCUUGCCGACUCCCUGGACGAAAACAUGACUCUAUUUUGCUGCCUCCACCUGGACGGAAGCCCCCAAAUUAUAUUACUGUUGUUCGCAACUUCCAGUUCUUCCGGCUUGAAGUAUACAACAGUGAUGGGACACCCCUGACCAUUGACCAGCUUUACCUGCAGCUCCUAAAAAUCCGCUCUUUUUCUUGGAAGUUGAAUAAAGAGCCCUUGGGAAUCCUCACCAGUGACCACCGACAUACCUGGGGAGAGGCCUUCACUAGUCUCAUGAAAGACAAACUGAACCAGGAAUCAGCUCUGACGAUCCAACGUAGCCUCUUCACCGUCUGUCUGGAUGCUCCUACCCUGAAGGUAUCGGAUGCUCACGCCCAAAGCCGUUUGGCAGCUCAGAUGCUGCACGGUGGAGGGAGCUACUCCAACAGUGGCAAUCGGUGGUUUGACAAGACUCUGCAGUUCAUUAUCGGAGAAGAUGGCACCUGUGGGGUCCUUUACGAACAAGCCAUCGCUGAGGGGCCACUGAUUGCCACGGUCAUCGACUACGUCCUUGAUUAUUGCAAAGAUCCAGCCAUGACCCGCAGCCCGAUGAUUCCUCUACAAUUGCCCCAGAAACUUUAUUUUUCCAUCACUCCAGAAGUCAAGCGUGACCUUGAGCGUGCAAAGCAGAAUUUGGAUGUCCUCAUCAGCGACCUGGACAUCCGUUGUUUCACCCAUGACAGCUUUGGAAAGGAUUUUCUCAAAAGCCAAAACUUGAGGCCUGACUCGGUCGUGCAAGUCGUGCUGCAGCUGGCGCAUUACAGAGCACACGGGCAAUUGUGUCCCACCGCCGAGACAGCCUCGCUUCGUCGCUUCCAUCAGGGCCGGUCAGAAAUCAUACGCUCUGCUACCUCAGCUGUGCUGGCCUUCGCCCAAGCAAUGGCUGACGAGAAGUGCCAGGGCCCUGAAAGAUUAUCUCUCCUGAAACAAGCGGUUGAAUCCCACAGCACCCUGACAGAGCAGGCUCUGGAUGGACAAGGCAUCGACUGCCAUUUGCUUGGACUGAAAAUGGAGGCCAUAGCAGACGGCUUCCACGUGCCUGAGCUUUUUAUGGAUAUUUCCUACACCCUGGCUUCAUACUGGAAACUCUCCACAGGGCAGGUUGCUUCCCGCACGGACUGCAUCAUGUGUUAUGGGCCCCUCGUGCCUGACGGCUACGCUGUUUGCUACAACCCUUUGCCCACCCAUAUUAAUUUUGCUGUCACCGCCUUCAACUGCUGUGAGGAAACCAAUGCCACUUACUUAGCCGGAAACAUCCAGAAUGCCCUGGCUGAUGUGGGGGCCUUGUUGGGGAACUUUGGAGAAGGCCAGCCUGACAAACUCUGAGAAAAUAUUUUGAACUUCACUUCAGACUUCAAACGUGACUGAGGGCAUCUCUCUAGCUUGGCCAACAGAUGACCCGUCGUUGUUGAAAAAUCCCCAAUCUCUCCCUUGCCUCCUUUUGGGCUAAAAUUUUGGAUGCAGCAUCCUUCAGCACUCCUAAUCCCAUAAUAUCCUUUGCUAGCCCUAACAGGAUUUGCAGGGAAAUGGCUGUCUCUAUAUAAAUAUAUACACUUCUGCACAUCUUCUAAAUGCAAGAUCAGAUCCUAAUUUAUUUCCAGAAUAAAGACAUUUAAACAGUAUAUAUAUAUAGCAGGAAAAGUUCCUGCCAAUUUCUUUUUUAGAUCAGCAAAAGAUCAUUAUUUUUUAAAAUUGUGACUGGGUUGCAAGUCCAUUCCGAACAGGCAUUUACAGCAUAGUGAACUAUGAUUGUGUUUCAUGUUCACAUUGUGCCUUAGUUUAGCUGCCUGCAAUUUUGGGGGGCCCAGGGACCAGUACUGGGCACUGGGCAGGGCGUAGUUUCCAGAGUUACCUAACUCCUGCGCAUAUGCAGAUGAAGCUUCACUCGCUUGUGCAUCCCAGUUUCUAAUGGGCCGUGGUCCCGUACUGGUUCACAGCCCAGGGUUUUGGGGGUCCCCUUCCUUAUACGCUUUUUCGCAGGAGUUCUCAAAAGUUUGUGGUAGGACAACUUUUUGAAACAAUGAAUGGAUUUCUGGGUCUCCCACCCCUUAAAAGAAAUGGCUUCCAUUGGGAUGAGGUUUGGCAAAAGAAAUAAAAGGCAUCACAGUUAAACUCUAAUCGGUAUCUAAAAGGGAUUCUUAAACUCUGCAGGAUUACAGUGGGAUGAUGUGAAAAACAACGUCCUGUGGCAUUUUCCAUUCUCUCAACGUAGCCCUAGUUUUUGUUUUAAAGUCAAUCACAGUCAAGUUUCUAUUCAGGAUUGCAAGAUCCAGGAAGAAAGAUUUCCACUGACAUUUUAAUUCAGAUUUCCGAUUUAAUGCUGGCAAAAUCAAUGAUGGUAAUAAAGGGGUAUGCGUGUGAUUGAUUACCGAAAAUUCAAGAAGGAAAACUGUGGCUGUCAUUCAUUAGCAAAUUCAUUAAAGUGGGAUCUCUGUGAACUACUUCCUGCAAGACUGCUUAACUCAAUGAUUCUUAAACUUUUCCCUUCGUUAUCUAAAACUGCUUAUCAGAAAGCCCUAUCAGACUUUGGGGACCAGUCCUAAAUCCUUUCCUUUCAGCACCA